AUGACUGUGCUGAAGGAUGCUUGGCUCGAGACCCACUGGGACACCAAGUUAUGCAGAAGGGUCCUAGGGUUGUGUCAAGGAAACUGUGCCUUCUAUGAAUGGGCUUUGGAACUACAGAAUCAGAAUGCACUACUGUAUGGUAAUGCUACUCAUCUGUCUAAUGCACAAUUACGCAAUCAGCUCGAGGCCAACAUCUGCAACAAGCUCACCAUCCCUGUACUCAGAGCAAAACUCGCCGAUGAUCUGACUCUCAAAAAAUGGAUUGAAGAGGUGAAACACCUUGACGACAAAUGUCUAGAGGAUCUCACCUCUCAGAGAAAGAUCAUGGAAGACUUAUACAAGUCAUCAAAACGCACCACCUCCUCCAACAAACCUCCAUCCUCAAGGACAUAUAACCCUUCAUCCUCUCGCCUAGGGACUCUGUCAGAAGCUGAGUGGACUCUGUUAAUGAAGCACAAAGGCUGCUUCAAAUGCCAGAAGUUCUACGUCUCGCAUCAGUCUAAGGAAUGUACUGAUGGCGCACCUGAAGCCUCCUCCUACAAAACACUUACCGAGGCAGAUGCUAUCGCAGCCAAACCAAAGACUAGGACUGUUGCAGCUGUUGGGACUGUUGGGGCAGUGAUGCUGUCUUCAGUACUUGAUAGCGAAUCAGACUCUGAGGAUGAAAUGGCCCUCUUCUGA